CACUUUUUUACUUUUUCAUCUCUCGGAUCGUUCGGACGUGCUACGCGGUCUCGUCUGUGUGUGUGAGGUAGUGUGCGUGAGCGGAGCGGCGAAAAAGCACAAUUCAAAGUAAAUCGAGUCGUUAUCUGUGGAUUCGGCGGAUACAAUUUAAUAUCGUAUCGUUAUCUAUUUACAAACAAAUCGACGUGGAUUAUUAAAAUGCCGCACACGAGUGCAUAAAGCGGCCUAUCUGUGUGUGUCUGUGUCUUUGUAUGUGUCACUCUCUCUUUGAAAUAGUAAACAAAUUGCGUAUAAAGUUUACAACAAAGUAUAAGACAAACAAAAAUAUUUAUAUAAAACAAAGUAUAUUCUGCAGUGCGUGUAAAAUAUUUCGAAAAAAGUAAAAGAAAAGUAGCCGCAAAAAGGCAGCGGCGUCGACGUCAGCAGAGCGUGUGCUGCAAGUGUGUUGGUGAGGCGUAUAUACAUACAUACCAACGCAUAAGUGCAUAUAUAAGGUGGUACAUAAGCAGUGUAUUUAAUUAAGUGAAAUCCAUAUAGUUUUGUGCAUGCGAAAUUGGAAAAAUCGAGAGGAGUUCCGCAGCAGCAGCGCAGCGGCAGAGGCGCCACCGACUAACGGAUUUUCACACGCGGUUGAUCAACAUACAGAAUCACGACGACGCGACGAGCGAAAAUGGCCAAAAUGGAGGUCGACGAUGUGGUCGACUUGAGUUUGGGGUCCGGUCGUGACCCGGCGUUGACCAUAACGCCGGCUACGCCUCCGGCGGCGCUCAGUAAUCGGGAUCUGCGUGCGCUGACGGCCAACAAUGCUGGUCUGACCAUCACUCCGUCAGCAUCGCCGGCGACCAAUAAUGGCACCACCUCCAAUAGCAGUAACACCAACUCCAACAGCAGCAGCACCACCACCACCAACAACAACAGUAGCAGUAACACCAAUAGCUCCAGCACAAACAACAAUAACAACAACAACAGCAUUAACGCCAGUGAAGGUGUCACAGGUGCGACAGGUGGAUCCAUAGGCGGCGGUCAGGAUGAGAACAAGGUUCAGCGGAGAGUACUGCGACCACGAACCGAACCCAAAUCCUAUGCCGAGGCACCGGACAUUGUGUUACUACCCGCUCGCACCAAUGGCCGUCAGCAGAACGGGAACAUCGAUUCGGAGACGGAUGACGAGGAGAUGCCCCCGUAUGUGCCCAUCAAGGAGCUGAGCCAUGCGGAGCUCAAGGAGCGCGAGAAGAGUCUGAGGAAGCUGCGGCAGGAUCUGCGCAAUGAGGAGACCAAACUGAUGCUGCUCAAAAAACUCAAGCAAUCGCAGCAGGUGAUGAAGGAGAAUCUGGUGGUGACGCCGACCAGCGUAUCGCCCAACAAUCCGCUGUCGGCGAUACCCGCCGCCCUCACCUCGAAGGGAUCGCUGAGUGUGACGCCCACGUCGGCGGUACCCCUGCCCGCCCACAGCAAGGGCAGCAGGAGCAGCUUGAGCGGUAGCGGCGGACCGGCAGUGAGCAUAAGCGCCACCAACAGUCGAACGGGCAGCUCGAGCUCAGCGGCUGCUUCGGCAAUUGCAGCGGCCGCCUUGAGCGGCCAACAUCGCAGCGGCAGCAACUCCAUACUGCCGCCGCCACGAUCAUCGCUGCCCGCUGGUGCCACCUUGGCCGCCGGCACCACCAUCACGCCCGCCACCUCCUCAUCGCACCGCUCGAGCAAUUUGCCGCCGCGCACCAACCUGCCGAAUCUCACCAUCACGCCAUCGGUGACCAUCACGCCCACAUCGGCGCCGCCCUCCAGUCUGAAACCACGCAAUAAUGAUCGCUCCACGCCAAGAGAAGAUGCCCAGACACCAGCUCAAAGACAGGCGGCGGCUAAAAUGGCGCUACGCAAGCAGUUGGAAAAGACGCUGCUUCAGAUUCCGCCGCCAAAGCCACCACCGCCAGAGAUGCACUUUAUUCCCAAUCCCAGCAACACGGACUUUGUGUAUCUUCUUGGUUUGGAAACCGUUGUGGAUUAUCUGACCGUCAACAAGAAGGCCAAUGCUGUGGCAGCACCAUUCCGUUGUGCCCAGUGCAAGAUUGAUUUUACACCCGUGUGGAAGUGGGAGAAGCAGACCAACAAAGAUCCCAAGGUGAUUUGCGAGCAGUGCGUCACCUCGAAUGUGAAGAAGGCUCUUAAGGCGGAGCACACCAACCGACUGAAACAGGCCUUCGUUAAGGCGCUGCAGCAGGAGCAGGAGAUCGAACAGCGUUUGGCCAGCCAGAGCAGUCCCUCGCCGGUGGACAACCAUGGAUCGAGUGGUGGCGGCAAUUCGCUGUCCGUCUCCGCGGUGUCUAGCAAUUCCUCGUCGUCGCAUAUGCAGCGGGAACGGGAACAGCUGCAGGCGUCGCAUGCAUCGGCGGCUGCUGCACUGGUCAAUCUGCCGCCGUCGGUGACGGUGAUACCCACCAAAUGCCAGACGCCGACACCAGCGACACCGCGUCCAACGCCACCGCCACCACAAAGUCAAGCCACACCACCGCCGUCAUCUGGGGGAUCGCGAUCCUCGCGAGCGGCAGCCACCGCCGCUGCAGCAGCUAUUGCCGCUCAGCAGGCGGGUAUCCUUAGUCCUGGGCCGUCGCCAGCGCACCACCAUGAGCCGACUACAUCCUCGAGAUCCUCCCGCAACGAUCGACUCGAUCAUCACCACCAGUCGCAGCAGCAACAGCAGCGCGAUCAGCGGGAAAGAGAUCAGCAGCAGCGGGAUCAGCAGUCGCAACAGCAGGCCCAAAACUACGACAAAUACUCGGCGGCCACGCUGGCGGCGGCUGCUCAUCUAAGUGCCCUUGGCGGCAUGGGCGGAUUGAAUAUCAAUAGCUUGGCCAGUCUAGGCAACCUUGGCAAUCUGGGCAACCUCAGCCAGCUGGGCAAUCUGGCUGCGCUGGGAGGAUUGGGUAACUUCGGCGGAGCAUCGACGGGUUCGGCUAAUCCGGCGGCAGGACUGAGCGGUUCCUCGCCAGCUGCCACGGCGGCAGCCAUGCAGGCGUUCCAGCAGCAGCUCUUUAGAGCUCUGGGACAAGGACUUGGUGGCAAUCCGCAGCAUAUGAUGCAGUUCGCACCGCUUUUGUACUCUUACCAAAUGGCCAUGGCGCAGGCGGCACAAGUGGCAGCCUUCAACAAUAACAACAAGAAGAGCAGCUCAUCCUCCGGAUCGGCGAAGAAUUCGAGCAGCUCGAACAGCAUGGCGGAAGUUCAGCGGGCGGCGGAGCUGCAGCGCCAGUAUCUACUGGAGAUGAUACCGCCCCAGCAGCAAAGUGGGGCCAGCGGCAGUCGGCAGAACAACUGGAAGGCCUAAAAGGCAUCCACCUAACGUAGAUAACAAUUGACAGACAGAAACGUAAAACAAACAGAACAGCAGCAGUAACAACUAUUAUCAUGAUGGUUUUCUUGAUUAGGUAAUUUUAUAAUUUUAACAAAACGGAAGCAACAUAAAAAAAGCAAACAAUUUAUAAGAAACCAACAUCAAAUAUACACGUAACUAUUAAUUAUGCUACUUGUAAACAAUAAUUAUACAUAAUUAUACAAAACGGAUGAAAGCAAAACAGAGCCGAUCUAAACAUAAUUGUUAGUAGUUUCCCUUUUUGUUACCCACUGCAUUACAUAUUUUAAUUAAUUUGCCAGCCAGAAUAUAGCAGCCGAUAAAUGAAUGCAAACUUUUAAGCUCCUAGUAAUUGAAUAUUAAAUAUGAAUAAUAUUGAAUCCUAGCCAGUAAGAAGAUUGCCCCGUUUUUCUAGGGGCACACACACACACACAAACCAUUCAAUCACCACCCCCUACCCGCCCUAAAAACCUUUUUUAACUAAUUGUUAACCUUUUUUGGGAGUCCCGAUUGGGAUUGCUGAACUGCAUGGCUCCCUUUUUUUGGUCUUAUUCAACAAUUUUGUCGUACAAUUCGUUUAGUUCUUAGCAUCGUGAAUAAAUCUAUAAAUAUAAAUAUUAUAUUUUUUAAUCAAUUUUAAGCAUAUGCAUAGUAUUAGUUGUAAACAAAUUUUUAGGGUACAAUAAAUUACAUAAAACAAUUAAACCAAUUCUUGAAUUGCCAGAGAGCCAGCCACAAACUUAACACAUAAUUCAAUUCACGUUUCAUCACUCAUUUCCGAUAUCAAAUCCUCCACAUGCCUUAUCCAUGUUACAGCUCCGAUACGAAGUUAGUACUGUUAUUUAGUUGAGACCGCGAGGAAUCCAGCAACCUUAUACCAUAUACCAUAUAUCAUUAUACCAUAUGAUACCACGAUCGUCGCCUAGGACUGUUUGAUUUUGUUCCACUUCAAAUGCAAAGUAACAGAGAAACAUCGAAAACUAAAGCUAAAACCGUAUGAUAAUUUGUACAUAUAUUUGACAGAUGAGGUAUUCAUCUUCGGUAAACCGAAAUCUAUAUACUCUUCCCAUUAGAACAGAACAGAACAGAGCAGAGCAGAACUUCAGGUUUUCGAUCCUCCAUUGAAGAUAUGAAUAUAAUAUUGACUGAAUAUUAGCAUAUACACAGAUUAGUAGGAAUCUAGCAGAAGCAGAGGCUUGCAUAAAUCACUAAACAUACGAGGUAAAAUAAUAUAUAUAUAUAUAUAUAUUUUCGAUUUAUCGGACGGCAGUAAAGUAGGUUUACAUUCAGGCGAAUCAUUCGGAACACAAACCAAAUUCACUUUGGGCAUGCGAAAUCAAAAUGUGAUCAAAAAAUAUGAAAUUACAAAAACGUAAGAAAACGAGAAUAACGAGAAAACAAUUAAACGGAAACAAGCAGAUGAGAAAUUCACAAUUAUUGUAAGCUAAAUACAAA